GUAGGCUAUAGAAUCCCAAAAAAAAAAAAAAAAAGAGCUCCUUCGGCUCUAAACAGCUACUGUCUUUAUUUGGUCUAUCAGCUACUCGGCCAGCUACUGACCUAAUUGGGAGCUUUUCAGCCAAGGUCGUCGGAUUUAGAGGUCCUUUCGCAAGGUAAUUCCUAUUUGCUUACUUGGAACAAGUAAGGGUCCAGAUCAUUCCAUUGGGAAGAAAGCAGAAGUCAUCCAUACAUAUAUAGAUGAAUAGUACCAGUGGCGUAUAGGAGGAAGACGGGGAGUGACUGGGGUGGGGAAGAAGAGUUGUCACGAUAGAAAGAAUCUUGGCAAAGCAAAUGAGUAUAAGAAACCAACGAUUCUCUGUUCUUAAACAACCCAUAUUUUCCACACUUAAUCAGCAUUUGAUAGAUUAUCCAACCCCGAGUAAUAUUAGUUAUUGGUGGGGAUUCGGUUCGUUAGCUGGGAUUUGUUUAGUCAUUCAGAUAGUGACUGGUGUUUUUUUAGCUAUGCAUUAUACACCUCAUGUGGAUCUAGCUUUCAACAGCGUAGAACAUAUUAUGAGAGAUGUUGAAGGGGGCUGGUUGCUCCGUUAUAUGCAUGCUAAUGGGGCAAGUAUGUUUCUCAUUGUGGUUCACCUUCAUAUUUUUCGUGGUCUAUAUCAUGCGAGUUAUAGCAGUCCUAGGGAAUUUGUUCGGUGUCUCGGAGUUGUAAUCUUCUUAUUAAUGAUUGUGACAGCUUUUAUAGGAUACGUACUACCCUGGGGUCAGAUGAGCUUUUGGGGAGCUACAGUAAUUACAAGCUUAGCUAGCGCUAUACCUGUAGUAGGAGAUAGCAUAGUGACUUGGCUUUGGGGUGGUUUCUCCGUGGACAAUGCCACCUUAAAUCGUUUUUUUAGUCUUCAUCAUUUACUCCCUUUUAUUUUAGUAGGCGCCAGUCUUCUUCAUCUGGCCGCAUUGCAUCAAUAUGGAUCAAAUAAUCCAUUAGGUGUACAUUCAGAGAUGGAUAAAAUUGCCUUUUACCCUUAUUUUUAUGUAAAGGAUCUAGUAGGUUGGGUAGCUUUUGCUAUCUUUUUUUCCUUUUGGAUUUUUUAUGCUCCUAAUGUUUUGGGGCAUCCCGACAAUUAUAUACCUGCUAAUCCGAUGCCCACCCCGCCUCAUAUUGUGCCGGAAUGGUAUUUCUUACCCAUCUAUGCCAUUCUUCGUAGUAUACCUGACAAAGCGGGAGGUGUAGCCGCAAUAGCACUCGUUUUUAUAUGUCUCUUGGCUUUGCCUUUUUUUAAAAGUAUGUAUGUACGUAGUUCAAGUUUUCGCCCGAUUUACCAAGGACUAUUUUGGUUGCUUUUGGCGGAUUGCUUACUACUAGGUUGGAUCGGAUGUCAACCUGUGGAAGCACCCUUUGUUACUAUUGGACAAAUUUCUUCUUUUCUUUUCUUCUUGUUUUUUGCCAUAACGCCCAUUCUGGGACGAGUUGGAAGAAGAAUUCCUAAUUCUUACACGGAUGAGACUGAGAACACCUGAUCAGUGAAAAAUUCUUACACCAAGAAUUGACAAGCGGAUGAGUUUGAUAGUUGACAGCGCUAACGAGCAAGAAAACUCCUGCGCGGCUAACGCUAGCUUAGAAUAAUAUAAGCUUUAGCUUGAGCUCUGCCGUUGCUUGUUCUUUCGCGGUAGUUCGGUUGUUGCUUGUUGGCUGCUCAAGAAGUUGGACUAGUUGCUCCUCCGACCCGGAGUGGAUUCUAGGCUCGAUGAGAUGUUAGGUGGGCCUGUUGCGUAGAGAAAGACGAAGAAAUCUUCUUUCAUGUGAUCGAGUUCCUUCGGGUGUGCAUCUUUCUUUUCUCCCAUUUCUUUCUUGGUCAACAACCAAGCAACUUUCCCUUUCCCAUUUUCUAAGUCUCCCCCGGCCCCGGGGGAGCGGAGCUAUGAAAUAAAGAGAAAUACGUUAUGAAAAAGAAACUGGCCAUUUACCAAUAUGGAUCACAGUUUGAUCCAAGCGGUCCCACUCGUUAUUCACCCAGCGAUUGGAUUUAUUUUUCCGUUUCGGAGGAAUCCUCACCAUCCGAACGCAGUACUUCUAUAGGGGUCCAAAAAAUAUGCACAAGUAGUUCCACUUCUGACUCCCAUGCUGAUUCCCGUGAAGAUCUUUUUACCCAGAUUUCUUUUGAACUACAACGUCGAAUGGAUGAGAUUGGAAUGACACUUCCUGACGGUGUCGAUUUCAAUUAUUUAGAAUACCGAGGUCUUGCUAAUCUUGUCUCCGAGGCAUGUUGGCUCCGAAAUCUCUUACUUGAGCUACAUUGCCCUCUGAAGCGGGCCACCAUAGUUUAUUGUGACAAUAUCAGUGCGAUCUAUCUCUCUACCAACCCCGUGCAACAUCAACGUACCAAACAUGUUGAAUUAGACAUUCAUUUUGUGCGUGAAAAGGUCGCAUUGGGUUAAAUUCGAGUCUUACAUGUUCCUUCCCGUUAUCAGUUCGCCGAUAUCUUCACUAAAGGCCUGCCUCGACACCUUUCUCCCAAAUCUAACAAUAUUUUCUUUCUCUUCCGUAAGCUUCGCUUAAGCGACUUCAUAUCCUCCGUUUGAAGACUCCGAACCAGAGGAUUUCAACAUAGCAUUUGAAUUGAAAGUGGCAUCUCUACUAAGAAUUACUUUCUUAGAUUCAAGACUCCACAAUCUAUAACCUUUUGAUUCAGAAGAAUAACCAAUUCAAAUGCAUUUGACAGCUCUCGGAGAAAAUUUUCCAUCAUUAGAGCAUAAGCGGUACAAGCAAAAACUUUAAGAAAGGAAUAGUCAACAGUUGUACCUGACCACAACUCCUCUGGAAUUUGGAAGUUGAUGGCACUGUGUGGAGAACGGUUGACAAUAUAAGCCCCACCCCACUAGUUUAUCUGCUGUUAGUAACUUGUCCUGCAGGCCGUGGAGACAGCUUCUGUCCAUAGAUCACGGCGAUGCCACAAUCCAGCAUUAGAGAACAUGCAAGGAGCACGCUCAAGAAGAGUUCUGUUCAUACGUUCUGCUACACCAUUUUGUUGAGGCCUGCCGGGUAAUGUUUUGUGUCUAGCAAUACCGGCUUGUGCGCGGAACUCUGUAAAUUCAUCAUCACAAAACUCCAAGCCUCGAUCAGUCCUGAGCUUUUUCACUUUUCUCCCAGUCUGGUUCUCAACAAGAAUCUUCCACUUUUUUAAGAUGGACAAAGCCUCAUUUUUCUGCCUCAAGAAAGAAGUCCAGACUUUUCGAGAGAAAUCAUCAAUAAUGGUCAUCAAAUAACGUUUGCCAGAAUUUGAGGUGACCCUAGAAGGUCCCCAAAGAUCAGAGUGAACAUAAUCGAGAACACCUUUGGUGCUGUGAGUAGCAGUAGAGAAACUUACUUUCUUUUCUUUCCCAUAAACACAAUGUUCACAGAAUUAUAGCUUACCCGUGCCGGGUGAACCAAGAAGACCACGCUUGCUCAGGAGAUCCAUGCCUUUCUCACUCAUGUGGCCAAGGCGCAUAUGCCACAAGCGAGUGAGAUCAGAAUCAGAAAGUGAGGAUGAGACAGCUGCCGAUGAACCUGUCACUCUAUGUCCCUGCAAAACAUACAGACUGCCAUUUCAAAUUUCAUGAGCACCAGGGCACCUCUACUGACCUUCAAAACUCCACCUUCAGCUGAAAAUCUGUAACCAAGAGACUCAAGAGUACCCAGUGAAAUCAAAUUGCCUUUUAAGUCAGGAAUAUGACGAACCUUAGUGUUGGUCCUGACAACGCCAUCAUGAGUUUUGAUUUUAAUUGAACCCAUGCCAAUAGCCUUACAAGGAGAAUCAUUCCCCAUCAAGACAGUACCACAAUCAACAGAUUCAUAAGUGGUAAACCAGUGCCUAUGAGGACACAUGUGAUAGGUGCAACCAGAAUCAAGGACCCAUUCAUUAAGACUCUUCUUUUCAGAAGUUACAAGUAAUACCGAGUCACCUUCAGAGUCAGUUUCAAUGAAACUAGCUUCGGCAGAUUUUUGAGGUUGUUUCGAUUUUUAUUCUUUCUCCUUUUUAUUUUUCAACUUAUAACAAUCAGAAAUUUCAUGCCCUGAUUUUUGACAAUAACGACAGGUGACAUUGGUUUUACGUCCCCUAGAUUUAGAUCUGAAUUUCUUUUUAUGGGUACUUCCUCUUUCUUGUGAUCUCCCUCAACCAUUUAAGCCUUCAGCUCUAUCAUCAGAAUGCACUUCAAGAUCCAAUUUCUCUUUUUUUUGAGAGUAAAUGAGAUUGAACAUCCUCAAAAGAGAAAGUCUCAUUGUUACCAUAUAACAUGAUUUCCUUAAAGUGCUUGUAAGAGGGAGGUAAGGAGACAACCAAUAAGACAGCUUUAUCCUCAUCAUCAAUCUUGACAUCUCAAUUUUCAAGAUCAAUAAUAAUAGAAUUGAACUCAUUGAGAUGAGUUUGGAUGGAAGUACCUUCAGCCAUACGAAUAGUAAAGAAGCAUUCGUUGAGACGAAGUUUGUUGGCUAGACUUUUGGUCAUGUAGAGAGACUCCAGCUUCAACCAUAAUGCGGCUGCGCUCUCCUCAUGAAUGACCUCACGUAAGACCUCCUUGGCUAGACAUAGUUGGAUCGCUGACAAGGCUUUCUCGUCCAACUCUUGCCAUUGCUCUUCUGUCAUCGACUCCGGCUUCUUAGAUUUUCCAUCUAAAGCCCUUUUUAAUCCGUUCUGUGUAAGAACGGCCUUCAUCUGGACCUUCCAGAUACUAAAGCUUAUCUUGCCAUCCAAUUUCUCGAUGUCGAACUUGGUGACAGUCGACAUAAUGAACCUUCAGCUCGGAUACCAAUUGUUGGGGUUGUGAGUGCGCGCGGAAUCAAUAAAAGAUGUGGAGAUUGAUAAAAAGAAAUAAAGGUGUAAAUAUGACAAUAAAA